UUUUAUAUAUGUGUGAAGCUACAUUAGUCCAUGCAUACUGACAUCACAAUGUAAUGGUCUCAUCUUUGAGAAACCCCUGCUAUUAAUCAGAAAUGAUAUAAGUGGGACCUGGUUAACUUUUUCAUCCUAUAAGAACAAUCUCAUCACAAGUUUCACUUUGCCUUCCAAUACCAACUUCUUCCACCCAGCCUCUCUCUGAAAAACCUUAGUCCUGCACUUCCAUUGAAGAAGGUCAUAAUCAUGCAGUCCACUGAUGUCACUGACCUUCAUUAUCUUGCUCCACCCAAUCCAACUUCCUACCCUGCUCAUUUUGGCUACACCCAAAACAACAUACCUACAUUUGAUUAUAGCAGACUAUCUAAUCCACUGUAUCAUCUGCAGAUAAAUGCACAAGCUCAGGAGUUCAACCCUCAGACAACAUGUUUCAGCAGUAACUCCACUUCCGAUGAAGCAGAUGACCAACAAAUAAGUCUAAUCAAUGAGAGGAAGCAGAGAAGAAUGAUAUCUAACAGAGAGUCUGCACGCCGAUCUCGUAUGCGAAAACAAAAGCACCUGGAUGAACUUUGGUCACAGGUGGUCUGGCUCAGAAGUGAAAAUCACCAACUCAUAGACAAACUGAAUGAUUUUUCUGAGCGUCAUGAUCAGGUCCUUCAAGAAAAUGCCCAGCUUAAAGAAGAGACAUCUGAACUUCGUCAGAUGCUCACUGAUAUGCAGCUUAAUAGUCCUUACCAUAAUCUGAGUAAUCUAGAAGACAUCCCUUGCGACACAAAUUAUCUCAAAUCUGAAUCCCCAAACCUUCCUAUCUCAAAUUCUAAAGAUUUGCUUAUCUAAAAGAGCCCACUUUGACUUUUAAUAUCCGUACUAUGGGUCAUUUGAGCGUUAUAAGUCGGUGAGGAUUUUUACCUUCAUUUUGAGCUGUAUGAGAUCCUAUAAUAGUAAAAAUAAAUCUUUUGUGUAA